UCCAGACACUUUGACUCCAUUCGCGUUACUUACCUUUCCCCAGCUUUUCCUCACCCGUUCCUGGUAAAACUUAACUUAACUUUUGCAUCUCCAUCUCCAUCUCCAUCUUCCCUUUUCCCAUCAGUAAUUGCUGGUUUCUUACUGGUGAAUCGCAAUUCUGUAUAUUCCAACUGUCGCAUACCACCUAUUCUCUACCUGCCUAUACUCGAUACCAUCGCAAUCAUGGUCGCUGACGCUCUCGUCUACCACCCCACGGUAGCGCACUACCUGCGCUACAUGGCCACAACCCUCGGUCGCGACAAGCUCAUGCGAGUUCUUCAGUACUUCGCCCGCUUCUACGCCUGGUAUCUCCUCCGCACAAACGCAACUCCCGACAAGGUCGCCCCUUGGAACGCCCUCAAGAAGCAGUUCGGCCUGUUCCGAAAGGUCUUCCGAGCCGGAAAGUUCGUCGAGCACUACAAGGCCGCUGCCACCGCUUCCGACUCCAAGUCCCUCGACCCCGUCCUCAAGUACACUCAGGUCGGUCGCCAGCUGGGUUAUGCUGGUUACCUGACCUGCGAUGCUCUCACUAUUCCUGAUGCUGCCGGUAUCAGGAAGUGGCAGCAUGCCAAGCGCCUUCAGCAGGAGGCUUAUAGAUCCUGGGCUAUUGGUAUCGCCUUUAGCAUCAUUGGUCAGCUGUACACUCUGCGACAGCUGAGCGUGCGCGCAUCAAAGGUUGACCUGAAGGAAGGUGAGGGUGUUGUCGAGAGCAAGACCAUUUCCAUUGAGCGCGCUGCCGCCAAGAAGCAACUCCUCUGCGACCUUUGCGAUAUCCUCGUUCCUGUCUCCGGUCUCGGAUGGGUUUCCUUCCUCGAUGACGGCAUUGUCGGUCUCACUGGUACCUUGAGUAGCGUCAUCGGUGUCUACACCCAAUGGAAGAAGACUGCUUAAUCUUGAACACAUACCAAAACCCAACAAUACCCGAUACCAUAUCUAUACACACUUCGUAAUCCCUUAUAAAGCGCGUCACACUGUUAUUUGUUCGGUCCGGCAUCUUUCUUUUUGUACUAUACGGGGGCGACAUGGUUGGGUUGUUGUCCGAAGUAAAUCACGAGUAUCAGGUUCACUCGUUGUGCAGUAAUGCCAUGUCAAUUUGAACAUACAAAAUCAAAAGUUGGAUUAUUUUGACCCUUUUCUGUGAUAAAAGCAAAAACUACCUAGCAAGUAACGACUCUUAGUGAGUGGUCCCAAAAUCUUCCUCCAGGUUAUAGUAUAAGACAAAAUAAAAGCAAAUAAGCAAA